AUGGAUCAUUUAACAUUAACUGGUAAUUGUUUAAAAGGAUCAAGACCAAUAUUAUCAUUUGAUGAAAGUUUUGAUCGGUUACCACAUUAUAAAUUGAUAAAAGAAUUAUUAAGUCAAAUAUUUGGUGUACCAAAUAAACAUCCGCAAAGUAAACCAUUUUUUGAUCAUGUUUAUACAUUUAGUAUUGAUGAUAAUAAAAUAUGGUUUAGAAAUUAUCAAAUAUUAACUGAAGAUGGUGGUCUUGCUGAAAUUGGACCAAGAUUUGUAUUAAAUCCAGUUAAAAUAUUUGCUGGUAGUUUUGGAGGUGAAACAAUUUGGGAUAAUCCAAAAUACAUAUCACCAGCAAAAUAUCGUCAAUCACUUGACAUACAAGCACGUGAUAAAUAUUUAAAUCAAAUUGAACAAAAAAUGAAUGCGAAAGCUAGAAAGCCGUCCAAAACAUACAACCUUAAUCCACUGGAUGAUAUAUUUAAAUUAGCAUACAAAGAAUAAAUGUAAAAAGUUAUGUUAAUU